GCGCUUGGUUCAUUAGACGAUCGAUUCGCGCAGUAUUUGCUUCGGGGAUCAACCCCACUUGCCUUGCUGGGUUUCAAGGUCGCAUAUCAACUGAGUUGACUACCCGACUUCGCAUCACCAACCGCUGUUCGUUGGCACCGUCGCCGAUUAAGUCCGACCUAGCGCGACGCUUGCGAUAUGUACCCACAACAGAAUGCAACAAUGGCCGGGCAACAGAUUCCAGAGACGUUCAUGCUGAGCGCUGAGGCCCAGCAAGCUCUUCCACAGGAUGCUCAGGUAGCUCUUCAACAAGUUGACAAUCUCAAGUAUUUCCUUUUGUCGGCACCAGUUGACUGGACUCCCGACCAAUACAUUCGACGCUUUCUCCUUCCAACCGGCGAGUACGUUUCCUGCGUACUAUGGAACAACCUGUUUCACAUUUCCGGGACAGACAUCGUAAGAUGUCUCUCGUUCCGGUUCCAGGCUUUCGGGCGGCCGGUGAAGAACUCGAAGAAAUUCGAGGAGGGCAUCUUUUCGGACCUCCGCAAUUUGAAAUCAGGGACUGACGCCACGCUGGAGGAGCCCAAGAGCGCCUUCCUCGAUUUUCUCUACAAGAAUAACUGCAUUCGGACGCAGAAGAAGCAAAAGGUUUUCUACUGGUACAGCGUGCCGCACGACAGGCUCUUUUUGGACGCCCUGGAAAGAGAUCUGAAGAGGGAGAAGAUGGGCCAGGAAGCCACAACGGUCGCUGUUAGCGAGCCGGCUCUCUCCUUUCAGUUCGAUUCUUCGCAGUCGCUGUACGAGCAGCUCACGAAAGCCCAGCAAGCCAAUUCGUCCUCGUUCAAUCCGCAGCCGGUUUCUUUCCCUCAGACGCAGGAAAGCUCUCCGGUAGUUGCGCCGAUGGAGUCGAUGCCUCCACCCCAAAUGAUGCACCAACCGAUGCCUCAGCAAAUGCCUCAGCCGAUUCCUCAGCCGAUGCCCCAAACAAUGACGCCGCUGUCUGAUGGCAUGGACCCCAUGGCUCCGUACGGAACCAUGGCCAUGGCCCCAGCAAUCCCUCAGCCCCAACCGGUGGUCAAGCGAGACCCUGAUUUUCAACGCGUUCAGUACAACCAGAACGGCGUCCCAAUGAACCCAACGCACCAGCGGCACACAUCGAUGCCCGCGUUCGCUCUGGAGUAUUCGCCCGCCCCGUCUUUCGUCUCAUCGCACUACGAGGACUACAGCCAGAGGGGCAUCUCGUACGAGCCGUUGACGCCUCCUCAGCAGGCAAUUGCCAUUGGUGGCGAGCCGGCCUACAUCGCAAAUGAGGAAACGGGCCUGUACAGCGCUAUUCCGGACCAUCUCAACCCCGUCGGUGCCCUGAAUGGCAUGAUCCACCUUCCGCCGUCGAACCUGGCUGGGCCUUCGUUCCCACGAUCUUACGGCCCCAACAAUGUCUACUCGUCCGUGAUUGAAGGCUCACCGACCUACAAGCAAAGGAGACGGCGCUCAUCGAUCCCACCCUCUCUGUCGGCCACAACUGCAGCCAUCGCCGCGGUCACUUCAGCAGCUCACCGCCCCUCUGACCUCAGGAGAUCUGUGUCGGCUUCAGUUGGCCCUGUUGCCGAAGGAGAGGAGUCUGGAGAUACCUCCCCGCCGGGCCUCACGUACAGCAACGCGGGCAUGCCAUUGGGCAAUCAUCACCAUGAACUGUCGCGCCACGGGACUCCGCUCUCCACCGUGGAGGGCAGCCCCGCUCUCAACCCUAUGGCUCUCCAGCAACACGAUUAUUCUGCCUUGCCAGGCGAUGAGCUGGGUCCGCUGAGCGAUCAGCGGCCAAUGAUGCAUGGUGGUCCCAACGUGGUACGCCGAGCCCGCUCGGCAACCGUCAUGGAACUUGGACCCUAUCCCCAGAAAUCGCACACCUGCCCGAUCCCCUCUUGCGGCCGUCUGUUCAAGAGAUUAGAGCACCUGAAGCGGUAAGAUUUGGCGAAUAUUUCAUUUGUCAACAUGUGAUCCUCCUGCCGGUGUAUCUAACCAAAACCUUCCAGACACGUGAGGACACA